GGGCGCGCCCCGCCCCGCCCACCCCGGCCAUGAAGCAGCUGCACCGGCAGGCCAGCAUGAGCAAGCAGCACCGCCCGCACCACCACCGCGCCUCCCUCUCCCGCACCCUCGCUUCCUACCUCCUCCGCGAGCAGCGCCUCCUCUUCGUCCUCCUCGGCUUCCUCCUCGCCUCCUCCUUCUUCUUCCUCUACCCGUCGUCCGUCAACCCGCAUUCCGCCGCCAGAGCCGGAUCCUCCUCCGCCACCAGUUUCGCCGCCGCCGUCGCCAGGAAAAUCCCCCGCGGCGGCGUGGUCUCCUCCGCCGCCGCGCGCCGCCUCCCCGUCGGCGUCCGGAAGCGCUCCCUGCGCGUCGUCGUCACCGGCGGCGCGGGUUUUGUUGGCAGCCACCUCGUCGAUAAGCUCCUUGCCCGCGGGGACAGCGUCAUCGUCGUCGACAACUUCUUCACGGGCCGCAAGGACAACCUCGCGCACCACCUCGACAACCCGCGAUUCGAGCUCAUCCGCCACGACGUCGUCGAACCCAUUCUCCUAGAGGUCGACCAGAUCUACCACCUCGCCUGCCCCGCGUCCCCCGUGCACUACAAAUUCAACCCCAUCAAGACCAUCAAGACAAAUGUCAUGGGGACCUUGAACAUGCUUGGACUGGCAAAGAGGGUCGGGGCCCGGUUCUUGCUGACUAGUACCAGUGAAGUGUAUGGCGAUCCUCUUGAGCAUCCACAGAAGGAGAGCUACUGGGGCCAUGUCAAUCCCAUAGGUGUUAGGAGCUGUUAUGAUGAGGGGAAGAGAACAGCUGAAACUCUUACCAUGGAUUACCACCGUGGUGCUGGUGUCGAGGUGAGAAUUGCACGCAUAUUUAACACAUAUGGCCCUCGUAUGUGUUUAGAUGAUGGCCGAGUUGUUAGCAACUUUGUUGCACAGGCUUUGCGGAAACAACCAAUGACAGUUUAUGGUGAUGGAAAACAGACUCGAAGUUUUCAAUAUGUUUCAGAUCUGGUUGAUGGGUUGGUAACUCUAAUGGAAAGCGACCAUAUUGGACCUUUCAACUUGGGGAAUCCGGGUGAAUUUACAAUGCUGGAACUUGCACAGGUGGUAAAAGAAACGAUUGACCCAGGUGCGUCUGUGGAGUUCAAACCCAACACUGCAGAUGAUCCACACAUGAGAAAACCUGACAUUUCUAAGGCCAAAUCUCUUCUCAAUUGGGAGCCCAAAGUUUCACUAAAACAAGGCCUGCCGCGUAUGGUCUCGGACUUCCAGAAACGCAUCAUGGAUGAGAAUUGAGGAGCCCAAGCUACCAGUCUCAGAAUACUGUAUCAUACUGACAGAGCUCUUUUUGGUGCCUUGAAGCCCUUGACAGAGCUCAGAUGAAGGACUAAUUGCCAAAUUCCUCCGGGGCGAGUUAUUUUUUGUGACAGGACCAUCUGUUCUUUGGUUCCGGUUUCUUCGAUACAUAAAGUUCGCCAUAGAAUUACAUGGUAGCCUUUCAGAGAACAGUGACAGGUCUACAUAAAUUUAGUCCCUCUUUCUAAUGUUGUUUUUGAAAGAGUAAAGUUCAUCACCGGUCUCUAAACUUGUAAAGUCCAUCACCGGUCUCUAAACUUGUUCGGAUGUGUCAUUCCGGUCACUAAACUCGCAAAACGAUCACUUAGGUAUCUAAACUUAUUUGGUUGUGUCAUUCUAGUCCCUAAACA